AACCUGCUAAAGUCUUGCUACGACUAGAGAGCACAGAAGCGAUGAAGCCAAAAUCAAGACAACAACAUCAAAUCGAAAACAAGUCGACAACGUACGAAACUCACUACACUCAAGCUCUUGAAAACUUCUUCGCGAUCCAAUGGGGAAAACCCAAGCUGGCGGCACUAGACCCACUCAAGCACUUAGCAAAGUCGCAGACGGCGAUCCAGUACAAUUUCAGCUCUGACCCCGCUUCAUUAACUAGCCCAAUGCGGAGUUAUUUGGAACGGACAGCCGAGCUUCUCAAUACAACAGGCACCAACCUCCCUGCAAGUGACAACUCAAAACGAAAGACGAAGUCCAUAAUGGACCGUCUAAAUGGAUGUCAAAACAGGCUUCUAUAGGGUAAAUAAAAUCACAAAUAGAAGGCCAAAUCUCUCUCUGUGCUGUCAGCACCAACGUACAGUGCGUCGGCGUAGCCCCCGUAUACUGAACCGAGCAUGGUGCAGUAGGCACUAAGGAUGUUCGCGAGGUGGUCCGGUGAGUACAUCAACGGCGUUCACGUCGGCCAUGCCAGCCUCCAUAGGGGCUCCAUUUGAAGCCGACGUCCCUCACACGUUGCAGCAUGGGUGGAUUCCGUCCAAUCCGGCAUGAAGUUGUUCAAGGGUUGGACGUCAAGGUGGAGUACCGCAGCGCGCUACUUGUUAACGGUAGCCAGCAUAGCGGAUAAGCAGCCCACUGACUGCGUUCAUUUUGGUAUCCAUCUGACUCGGGUUGGCAGCUUCAGAUCAAGUGCGAGUGGCUGUGAAGACAAGGAAGAGAGCUACAGCAGCUUGCGUGGCGGUGAUGGUGGUCGUGAUUUAGUUGCGCUUAUUGGAUAUGGGAGGAAGACAGUAAAUUGAAUAGUGAGAUGUCCGGUGCAUAUUGAAGCGAUAUCCUGAGUCCGCCAUCGCUGUUUACCGCACGGUAUCCCGACAGUACGCGAGCUGCUACCUAAGCUCUGAUGUCCUCAAGAGCUCGCGUUUAUCGUUUCGGAUAACGAGAAGUUUUUCGGAGAUGUCGUUGUGGAUCUAGCGUCGUGGGACAGUGUGGAAGCCACAACAUGAGUCGUCACAAUGCAACCACGUGGCACAGCAUUGACAUGCCCCCUUUAAAUCACUGCUAAUGGUCC